AUGGAAUUAUCAAAGUUCAUAUGGUCUUUAUUAUUAACCUUGCCGUUGGUUGCCAUCGCAGCAAUUUUCCUAAGUUUAUUCAAAAAUCGAACAAAGAAAAAUACAUUCCUUAUAUUAGGAUUAAGCGACUCGGGAAAAACCUCAUUAUUCCUUAAGUUACGUUAUGGGAAACUCGCGCAAACGCAUACUUCCAUGAAAGAAAACGAGGGAUAUAUCACGAUCGGAAAUGAUGGCGAAAAAUUAACCAAAGAAUCUGUUCAUAUUGUAGAUGUACCAGGGCAUGAAAAAUUGAGAUUUAAAUUUUCAGACUUUGUGCCCAUCACACGAGGGAUCAUUUUUCUGAUUGAUAGUUCAAAUUGUGUUAAGAACGUAAGGUCAAUUGCAGAGUAUAUAUAUGAUAUACUUUCAAAUAAGGAAGUCAUCAGGCAAAGAAUUCAUGCAUUAAUCGCAUGUAAUAAAAGUGAUAUGAUCACUGCAUUACCACCUGAUCGCAUAAAAACGAUGUUAGAGAAUGAAAUAAAUCGGUUACGUUUGACCCGUACCGCUGCACUUGAUCAUCAAGAUUCAUCUGAGGAUGUUGAAUUUUUGGGUUAUGAAUCUGAGGAUUUUAGAUUUGAGCAUUUGGAAAACGAAAUUCAGUUUGAAAAAUGCUCUAUCGAGAAAGGCGAAAUUUUAGAAAUUAGAAAUUGGAUCGCAGAAUCGCUUCAGUCUGGAAAAUAA